AUGGAUGGCACCUGGGCCUACCUGGUGAUGGGAAGAUGUGGUUUUAUCAGGGAGAAGAUUGGAGCGCUCGUGACUCAACAAGAAUACAUCAGAGAAGUCAGAGUUUUGAUUUCUGUAGCAAGAGAAGAAGUCAAAAAAAAAGUCACCACAGCUACCACCCGUGUGACAGUGAUGAAGGGAGACUUCCAAGACUACGAUUUGCUCCUUGCCACCAUGCAGGGAGUUCACGUGGUCAUUCACACAGCUGCUCUUGUGGACUGCAGAAACACAGUGCCCUUCUGGGAAACGAGGGCUGUCAACCUUGGGAGUCCUGAGAACGUGUUACGGGCCUGCUGCAUCCUGAGCAUCCCAUACAUUGUCUACAUAAGCUCCAUUGCUGCAGUGGGACUCAACACUUCACAAGAGCCCAUGUUCAGGAAUAACACCUCUGAAACCCAGCCUAAACUUUUAUCAGUGGAUACCACUAGGAACGUCACGUGGAUGCACGUUCUCGCAGCCAGGAAUUUGCAACUCGAACCAGACCUACUUGCAGGACAGGUGUAUUACACCUAGGGCACUCCUGCAAGAAAAGUGCUUCUGUUCAGGCAUCAGCUCUUGACUUCCAUGAACCCUUCUGUCCAACUGGGCUCUCACAUACCUCACUGGAAGAUGUGCUUGAUAAUACACUUGGACAGAAUAAUCAAGGUCAUCUUGCAUCCCGCCUGGUGGCUGCAGCCUUCCCUGAAAUUGCCUUUGCUGCACACGACAGUCACCAGCUUCUCCUAUGAGACAGCCAAGGCCACCAGGCACUUUGGGUACACGUCCCUCUUCAGCUGGGCAGCCAGUAAGCAGAGGACUGCGCAGUGGCUAGGAACAUCUGCGUGA